UACUCGGGGCUCCGCAGAUCCACGUUACCGCUCGCGUUCCGGGCUGGCAGGCGGGGGUGUGUUCGGGCACGGUGGCGGGUGGUGGAGGUGGUCGUGGGUCCCUUCUUUUCCUCAGGCGCAGACACCUGUUACAGCCACCCUCAGAGUGAAAACCACAAAACCAGAUUGCCGACAGCCAAGCCGAGAGGGUUAGACAGGAAAGGUUCCCUCGCACUUCAAGGCCUCCAUCGCAGUAUUCACCUUUGCCUUCUUAGAGCUUCACUUAAUGCCCAUAUAAUGCCAUCACUGGUGAGGGAGGAACAGAAUAUCUUGCAUCCGGACUCUCUCUGGUGCUCUAAGUGGUGCCUGGGCUUUUAUGGUUACUGUGAAGCAUAUGUUACAUUUGCCUGAAGUCGUUAUGAUAGGCUGCUGAAUCUAAAAGGAUUCAACUAUUAAGUUUGUUUACUUCUUUCAAGUGUUUUGUUUUGGGAGGGAAACGGUCUAGUGAAUUUUGUUUUUGUUAGUUCCCUUGAGUUUGUUUGUGUUCUGUUUCCAGUACUGUGGGAAAAUUAAGCUGGGGGAAAAAAUAGGUGUAUGACAACUGAAACUUAUGAAAGUGGUGCUAAUUGUGUUAUAGUUUGUAAAGACCUUUGUUUACAAAAUAAAUUGGUGAGUUUAAUUGAUAGUGACCCUCUAAGUAUUGUGUAUCUGGAGUGUUAUGUAGAAGGUGGUGUGGAUCUUGAAGAAACCAUGCAAUAAAACCAGGAAAAAUGCCUAGCAGUCUUUACAUCUUGUGUUGACAAUAUCUAUAUAUUUUAUUAAGAAAAAGAUAAGGAAUCUCAUCCUACAGUUCAUUUUGAAAGGUGUAUCUGUUCACCUUUGAUCACCAUGUGUAUCUCUUGUGUCUCCCAAUUCUACCCUCAUAACACUUACGGUCCCCUUAAAAUGAGGCAUUAUCAGAACCAAUUCUGAGAUCUUUGUGUACAACUUUAAGAUUGCUGGAAGGAAGCUUGUUUUUCAGCAUGUUUUUCAUGGUUUAAGAAGUUCUUAUUUUUAUCAGUCCCGCUGCCCCUCUGCUCGAAAUUCCUCUUCCCUACAGUGGAGCUGGCAGGCUGAAAUGUGUGCCCUGUUUUAACCUGUCUUGUGCAAAGUAUUGUUUUAGUUUAAACUCCUUUCGUUAGCGGUUCAAUCUAAGCCAUUGGACUUUGCAUUGAAAUAGGUCACAUAUGGGUUUGCGUUCUCUCAGUUCAUCUGGGGAAGAAUCAAGCUCAAGACAAAAGGGAAGGAGCAUACUAAAAUGUCACCUGAGGUUGCCUUGAACAGAAUUUCUCCAGCGCUCUCGCCCUUCAUCUCCAGUGUGGUCAGAAAUGGAAAAGUAGGACUGGAUGCUACUAAUUGUUUACGGAUUACAGACUUGAAAUCUGGCUGUACAUCCUUGACCCCCGGACCUAGCUGUGAUCGGUUUAAGCUACAUAUCCCUUAUGCUGGAGAAACACUCAAAUGGGAUAUAAUUUUCAAUGCUCACUAUCCUGACCUGCCACCAGAUUUUAUCUUUGGAGAGGAUGCUGAAUUUUUGCCAGAUCCUUCUGCCUUGCAUAAUUUAGCUUCUUGGAAUCCUGCAAACCCAGAAUGCCUCCUGCUUGUUGUGAAAGAGCUUGUGCAGCAGUAUCACCAAUUUCAGUGCAGCCGAUUACGUGAGAGUUCUCGUCUCAUGUUUGAAUAUCAGACUUUACUCGAAGAGCCCCAGUAUGGAGAAAACAUGGAAAUCUACGCUGGCAAAAAAAACAACUGGACUGGAGAAUUCUCAGCUCGAUUCCUCUUGAAGUUGCCUGUAGAUUUCAGCAAUAUUCCUACAUACCUUCUCAAGGAUGUGAAUGAAGAUCCUGGGGAAGAUGUUGCACUUCUCUCCGUUAGUUUUGAGGAUGCAGAAGCUACCCAAGUUUUUCCUAAGCUGUAUCUCUCCCCGCGUAUUGAACAUGCGCUUGGAGGAUCAUCUGCCCUUCACAUCCCAGCCUUUCCUGGUGGAGGUUGUCUUAUCGACUAUGUACCCCAAGUAUGCCAGCUGCUAACAAACAAGGUACAAUAUGUUAUUCAGGGAUACCAUAAAAGAAGAGAGUAUAUCGCAGCUUUCCUGAGUCACUUUGGAACUGGUGUGGUGGAAUACGAUGCAGAAGGCUUCACAAAGCUUACUCUGUUGCUGAUGUGGAAAGAUUUUUGCUUCCUUGUUCACAUUGAUCUACCCCUCUACUUUCCUCGCGACCAACCAACCCUAACAUUUCAGUCUGUCUACCACUUCACUAACAGUGGCCAGCUGUACUCGCAGGCCCAGAAGAAUUACCCUUACAGCCCCCGCUGGGAUGGCAAUGAAAUGGCCAAGAGAGCAAAGGCAUACUUCAAAACGUUUGUCCCUCAGUUCCAGGAGGCAGCAUUUGCUAAUGGGAAGCUUUAGGAGCCUUGGGCACAGAGAUGAUACUGGACAGAUCCUUCAGUCUGCACGUGUCCUGUCAGCCCACAAGAAGAAUGCCUGGAAAUGGCUUGGACUGUCUUGAUAGGUGCUUUCUUGCCUCUAAAAGGGUUUUGGUAGCUUCAGUUUUGUCAGAUUUCUGAAACAAAGACCUCACUAGCAUGCUUAAAACUAUUUUAUAUUCGUCCCGUCCGUUUGCCUCUGCCACCACCAUUCCUUUAAAUAUAUCUACUGGAUUAAAUUUAAAAGGGCAUGUUUUGAAGUAGUAACAUUUUCUUGUGCCAACAAUGUCCUGUAUGUUCUGCCUUGUUUCCUUGUCUUCAGAUGGUGUAAAUUGGAUUUUAUUUUUUUCCCCCACAGAAAUACUAUGUAAUUUGUAUAUUUAGUUAACAUUUUCAGCUUAUCCUAAGAAAAUACAAAACUGCCGUAUGUACCAGGAAUGCCUAAUGGACUGUACAGUGCCGUAUUCUGCCUUGGAGGUUUGCAUCUCACUGUGGUUGUUACUCUCACAGGUAUGGAUAUGAGUUGCACAGUUCAAUUCUCAGUGCCUUUCAAGUUGAUCUGAUAUUAAUAUGGCAGGGUGUUGGAGGGGUUUUUUUUAAUAUUUCAGUUGAAAGCUCAUCUUAUAUGAAAUGCUGUGCUUUUAUGCUUUGUUUUUAUUUCCAGUUGUACAAUUUUAGUGUUUUUCUAAUGAAUUCCCCUUGCCAUUACGAAAAAGUUCUUCUCUAGUACCAAUGCGCAAGGAACUAGUUAUGUAAAUCAGUAUAACAAAAUAAAGCUCUUUCAUAGACCUGUAAUUUUUCCAAGUAAGAUAAAUAGUGCUAAGAAGCAAACUUUCAACAAAGAAAUGAAUGAUGUCUUGGAAAAUAACUGAUGAAAUAAUGUAGGGCUAUAGGUAUUUAGCUUAAUGCUUAAGUUCAACAUGUCUUCUCAGAAAUAAUUGUAAGUGUAUAUAACUGGAAACAUUACCUCCCCUAAUUCUGGAAUGCCAAAUGCAAAAUUCCCCCCUCUUCAUCCUUUCUUUCACGCUUGUGUCAGGCGCACCAGUUGGGGCUAACUGUCACAAUGUCACUUCCCAAAUUAUUUUGUAAAUAGACCAGGGUACUUUCCAGUAAGGAAUAAAAUUAACAGUGUAUGUUGCUUAUAAAUGGCAUAUGGAAAAUGUGCCCUACUUCUGCUAAAUAUAAGGAACUAAAUGAAUAGUAUGCAGAUGAUACAGUGGCACUGGAAAACAUUUAAUUUGAAAUUACUCACUAUAGCACUACUAUCUGCUUAUGAAAUGAAAUCUCAUCAAAUGAAUUGAUUGGCAGCAUUCUCUUACCCUUUCUAAAACUUGUUAUUUUUACGUUAACAAUAGUGCAUUCCAGGGAAAUGACCACCUAGGAAAUGUAGAUGGGUUUUGAGCAGUGAAGCUUAAUAAUUAAGAAUUCUGCAAAUAAUUUGCCUCUAGAAACUACAGGUAUUUUUAGCUAGUUUAUAGGCAAAAUUUUAGUUUAUGUUUAAUAGUGAAGUUCUUGGUUGGAAAUUAAGCUGCAAACAGAAUCAGGAGCCUUACUGCAAAUCAGCGGAGGAGGGGGCAUAUUCUGUCCUGUGACCCACCCCCUUGUGACUCUGGCUGCAUUAUCUGAGGGCUGCAAACAGCUCCAAAGGUCUGAGCCUGAAUUCCCUCAGCGGAGGCGUUGCAUUGGGCUUUUGCAUGCGAACCGAGACGGAACAGCAGAUGUGGAUGGUGGUGGGUUUAUGUGACUAGCAAACCCGUAACUGAACAACCUUAAAUGACCGAAAACCCACAUUGUUCAGUAUACCGGGAGGAUCUCGCAUCCGUACUUCUUCAGGUAAAAGUCAAAGCCACACACACAUAUUCAAGAAUAAGCGAAUUCUUGUGCAUGGGGUGUGGGAGAAGGAGGAUGGCUAAUGAAAAACAUUUGUUCUCAUAGUGUUCAAAAUCUGAUAGAAACAAUCUCUAGCAUCUGCAAAAGGUAAAAACCAAACCCUCAAGCUGCAUCAGUAGAUUCCUGGAACCUUACAUUUCAUAACCUCAUGUUUGAUUCCGUGUUGUAGGGAUUGCCCCAUGAACACAGCCUUUGCUUUAUAUACCUGAUUGUCCAAGUGGCACCAGUGUUGUUUUUUUUUUUAUCCUUUCAGAAGUUACCAUGAUUCAAAGGCUAGCAAUUGCAGAACAUUUCGAAAAGAGGUCCACUAUUCAGAAUUAAUACACAUUUUCAACCAAAAAUACAUCCUUCACUUCAGUCCUAGUAAUUUUGGACAAAGGACUGCUUUAUUAUUAAGAUGUAAGGGGUUUAGAAGCCAUGUAAGAAAAGACUUUAAGGGUAUUAAAAGCCUAAACCAGCAAUUCCUUAUGUUGAAUUCAAUAAUGUUUCACCAACUUUUCACUAGCAUAUAUGGAAACGAACCAAUGGUUUCAGUCUAAUUUUACUUCAUGCUACAACUGGUGGUAUUUUGGGGAAAAAAAGGAAAAAGGUAGAAAAGUUGAGAAACUGAACUCUUUGUGUUUAAGAUGAAGUCUGCAAGCCUAUCAAUUUUUAGAUUAGAAAGGCAUUUUUCUUACAGUUAAUGAGCAUGUUCUUUAUUUCAAAGCCACCCUGCACUCUUUGACCUGCAUAGUAUUUUAUGGAGCCCUUCCUGAUAGAUAGUUCUCAGAAGAAUGUAUUGGGGAUGUUAGCGCUACAGAUGGGGUAUUUGAAGGAAAGACAUGGAAAUGAGUAAAAUCUUCUCUCCAGAAGGAGGAUUACCACAUAAAAACUACAUUGGAAAAGAGAGUUAGUUUGAAUAAUUUUCUAUCAAAUCAAUUAUUUGUUGAAGGCAUUUAAGUUAGUCACAAGAGCUGUAAUCUAAUAAGUUGGAGUUAUUUCUGUUAUCUCCUCUUUUAUGAUAAUAUCCAUUGUGGCCAGUUUAACGGCAACGCGACUUUCAGUGCUUUUCUUUCCUGUGCUGUGAUGCGUAUGCAAUUGAAAUGAGCAGGCAGACCUAGGCUAGUUUCUUUGGUUUAUGAGAACCACAAAACAUAGGAGAAAAAUAGCAAUGUUACAAACAUAUCAAAAGCUUAAAUUCUACUCUGUCAUAAUUUUGAUUGAAGGAAUGCAGUAACUCUGUAGUUACAAAGCCCCUUUAAUGCACACUUUUCCCAAGGUCCUUAAAGUGCAAGCUUGCAGUCAAGCCUUUAUUCAUCUGCAUAUGUAAUCCACUGUGCUAGAAGUAAUACCAAAUCUUUCGGAUUCAAAGUUAGACUUUUUUGUCGACUUGCUGGAAAGACUGGACAAACAGCUGGAAUAAUAAAUAAAAGUUAACUAUAUCAUACAUA